AAAAAGUACGGGAUGCGUGCCCCAAAUAAACGAAACAGACGUCCGGUUGAGAAUGGAGUGAUCCAAGAUGGUAAGAAAAUGGGAAAAGGGAAUAAAUUAAAGGAGGGGAAGUGAGAGGGUUGACACUCACAACAUACCAAUCUCACUCUCUUCGAAUGGGGUGCUCAUUCUCCGGUUUAAACGCACUCUACGACUCCGUUAACGGCGGAGGCGACGUUUGGAUCAACGAGAACCGCUUCCGCAUCCUCCGCCAGCUCGGAGAAGGUGGCUUCGCCUUCGUCUACCUCGUCAAGGAGGCGCUCAACGAAUCUGCCGCCGGUGGCCUCGCCACCAAGCUCAAACACUCCUCUCAUCUCUCUGAUGACGGAACUUAUGCUAUGAAAAAGGUCCUCAUUCAGAACAAUGAACAGCUGGAGUUGGUGAGGGAGGAGAUCCGUGUUUCAUCCCUGUUCAAUCACCCCAAUCUGCUCCCACUUCUUGAUCAUGCCAUAAUUUCUGUUAAGCCUACCCAAGAAACAUCUUGGAACCAUGAAGCAUACUUGUUAUUUCCAGUUCAUUUGGAUGGAACAUUGCUAGACAAUGCCAAAAUGAUGAAAACCAAGAAGGAAUUCUAUUCCACCUCAGACGUGCUCCAAAUAUUUCGACAGCUUUGUGCAGGACUCAAGCACAUGCACAGUUUUGAUCCUCCAUAUGCACACAAUGAUGUCAAACCUGGUAAUGUUCUCAUAACACGUAGAAGAGGACAACCACCCCUUGCCAUACUGAUGGAUUUUGGCAGUGCUCGUCCUGCCAGGAAGCAAAUUGGUUCCAGAUCAGAGGCACUCCAGUUGCAGGAAUGGGCAGCUGAACAUUGUUCUGCUCCUUUCCGAGCUCCUGAGCUGUGGGAUUGCCCAAGCCAUGCUGAUAUAGAUGAGAGGACUGACAUCUGGUCACUUGGAUGCACAUUAUAUGGAAUAAUGUAUGGGGUAUCUCCAUUUGAAUAUGCACUUGGAGAGUCUGGUGGAAGCCUGCAAUUGGCUAUUGUAAACGCUCAGAUCAAAUGGCCAGCUGGACCUAAGCCUCCAUAUCCCGAAGCUCUUCAUCAGUUCGUGUCAUGGAUGCUUCAGCCACAGGCUGCGAUGCGGCCCCGGAUAGAUGAUAUCAUUAUCCAUGUUGAUAAGUUGAUUGCAAAGUUCUCUCAUUGAGUUACCAUGGAAGGGAAAACUGGGCAUGAGGUUACAUAUUGCAGCCGUUUAAAAAUUUCGUGUGCAUUUACUGUUCGGUUAUAUGUUAAUGGAUAGCAAAGCAAUAGCAAUUCCUCGCCUGACGGAGUUAACCUCUUUAUAUGUAUCUUCGUUUUUGGUGGUAGUCUAGGUAGUCGGGCGUUGGCUUUAAAAUCUUGUUCUGUCCUUUUUACAUAAUUUUGUUUCUUGUAAUUUAUGAAAUGGCCAAUCUCCCUGUGUCUUCAGAAUUUAUGAGCAUAAGUGGAAUAUCAUUUAUUUAUUGACGUUCUUUCUUCA